CCGGAGUUGGAGGACUGGUCGGGGUCUUUUUCUGGCUUCUCGGGAACCCGCCGUGGUAGAAACCGGCAGAGCGUUAGGCGGAGCAAAAGGCGCUGCGCCGCCGAAGACCGUGGAGGGGCUCGUCGCUCUCCUCGUCCCUCCCAGCGCCGCGCCCCGCUGUUGACUCAGCGUCGGUUGCCGUGUCUCCGUGGGUCAUGUUCGGACAUGUUAGGACGCGGUUAGCGGUGGAGUUAAGCCCUGACUUGCCCGUGGACGAACUCGCGGCCAGACAGGCGACACUAUUUAUACUCGGGCCCCGCCAAGUUUCGAGGCGGACCAGCAUUUAGCUCACUGCUUCCGGAGGUGCCGGUUUCCACGGCAGGCAAAUGUGCAAUACUGAAAUGGCUUCUACUACCGAGCAGUCGGCUGCGGGUACCUCUGGCAUCAGCCGUACGGAUCAAAAAGGGCUGGUUAAACCCAAGCCAUUGCUGUUAAAGCUUUUAAAGUUUGCUGGUGCUCAAAAGGAUACUUUUACUAUGAAGGAGAUACUAUUUUAUAUUGGUCAAUAUAUUAUGACGAAACAUCUAUAUGAUGAAAAGCAGCAGCAUAUGGUCCACUGUGCAAAUGAUCUUCUGGGUGAUCUUUUUGGAGUGCAGAGUUUUUCUGUAAAAGAGCACAGGCAAUUAUAUUUGAUGAUUUCCAAAAACCUGAUUACAGCCCGUCAGCAAGACUCUAAUAAUGUUAACACAUCUGUGAAUCAGUCCAAGGGCCAACUAGAAAAUGGAAAUACUUUAAAGGAAGCAGUGCAAGAAUCAAGUGAAGCAACUACUUCUAGGAGGAGAGCACACAGUGAAACCGAAGAAAAUGUUUCAGAAGACGUGAAUGAUGAAAGACAGAGAAAACGGCAUAAAUCAGACAGCAUUUCCCUGACAUUUGAUGAAAGUCUUUCAUGGUGUGUAGUAAACGGUUUAUAUUGCGACCGAAGCAACAGCAGCACUUCCGCAGGCUCUCCAUCAAGUCCAGAUCAUAAUGCCAGCUCGUUAAGUGAAAACUCAGACUGGUUAGAUGAUGAUUCAGUUUCGGAUCAAUUCAGUGUUGAGUUCGAAGUUGAAUCUAUCUAUUCUGAAGACUAUGGUGCUAACGAAGAAGGACUAGAGCUUACAGAUGAGGAUGAUGAGAUAUAUCAAGUAACUAUAUAUCAGACUGAAGACAGUGAUAUGGAUUCAUUUGACGAUGAUCCUGAAAUUUCAGUAGCUGAUUAUUGGAAAUGCUCAAACUGCAACGAAAUGAACCCUCCUCUUCCACGCCAUUGCCCCAGAUGCUGGGCUCUUCGGGAGGACUGGCUCCCUGAUGAGAAGACGGAGAAGUCUAAAAAGACCAAACUUGAAAAUGCCACGCCACUUGAUCCUGAGGAGGGCUUUGAUGUUCCUGACUGUAAGAAAGGGAAAUUAAAUGAAGGUAAAGAAGCAGAGGACAAAGAACAAUGCUCUGAAUCUCAGGAAAGUGGGGUAUAUUCUCAACCUUCUACAUCUAGCAGUUUGCUUUGCAGCAGCCAAGAAGAAUGUAGAGAAUCAGGGAAGGAGGAGACUGAAGUCAAAGAAGAAAGCCUAGAAUCCAGUUUACCUCUCUCCAGUGUCGAGCCCUGUGUCAUAUGCCAAACCCGGCCUAAAAACGGUUGCAUAAUACAUGGAAGGACAGGACACCUCAUGUCAUGUUUCCCAUGUGCAAAAAAACUGAAGAAGCGGAACAAGCCCUGUCCGGUCUGCAGGCAACCAAUUGAGAUGAUCAUACUAACUUAUUUUUGCUAACUGGAGUCCAAGCAGAAUUGUUCUCUGGAUUUCUAUAGACUGAUACAAAAUGAAAUAUUUUGAAUGUUUACUGGUGUUUAUAGUUCUGAAAAAAGUCUUUUAAUGCAAACAUUGCACUAUAAUUGAUGAGUAGUCAUAAUGUUUUCAAAGUCCCUUUUGGUUGAUCCAAACAGGUAUAUCUA